AUGGAGCGUAUAGGAGUAACGGGAAUUUGUAGUAACAACAGGACCACCAGUAAAGAAUUACGAAUAUUUUAUUUUUCACAACCAGAAAAUAAGCCACAAACAGUGAUUCCAUGGUUCCCUUUCCUCCUGAUGGCCGUGUUGGCUGAGACAGUUAUUGUUGAUCCCACAUAUUCUUUGGGUGCGAAUGAUCCCCUUUUAGACUCAGUCUACUCCAGAGUGGGCGACUCAUUGUUUGCCUCAUCGUAUACUUCAGGAGUGGAGGAUCCCAUCAUCGCUGAUGCUUCAGGUUACGGGGGAGGGGGAAGUGGUGGCGGAGGCUAUGGAGGAGGCGGUGGCGGUGGCGGAGGCUAUGGAGGAGGUGGAGGUGGAGGCAUAGGUGGAUUUGUCAGUAUUCAGGCCAUGCCAAUACAAGUUAGUCUAAGUAGCGGAGGUGGUGGUGGAGGGUACGGUGGCGGCGGUGGAGGUGGUGGUGGCGGCUAUGGUGGUGGUGGUGGUGGCGGCUAUGGUGGGGGAGGAGGUGGAGCUAAUGUUAUUGCUCUUCUUGCAUCACCUCUUUCCUUGCAAGUAUCAGGGGGCGGUGGCAAAGGUGGUGGCGGAGGUGGCCAUGGAGGAGGCGGUGGCGGAGGUGGUUAUGGAGGAGGUGGCGGCUACGGUAGAAAGUAA